AUGGUUUCAGAGGCAGAAUCUGCAAAUACUGUCAGCCAUAUGUGCCAUGAUAAAAGGAACAUUUGUGAGAAGCAUAACUGUCGUCAACACAGCAGCCAUCUCGUGCAUGCGAACAAUGCCAACGAGAAUGCCUUUCUCAAAGACUUUAUGGCCAAAUUACAAACGCACCAGUGGUGGCUUGGGCUAACUGAUGAAGUUGUGGAAGGCGUUUGGAAGUGGUUUGACACUGACACAGUGGCAGAGUUCACAGAUUUUACCUCACAUGAAGGAAACGAUGGUUUCGCUGUCGACUGUGCAAUGUUUGAUUCCAAC